AUUGUUGCUAAGCAUAGCCUCAUAGAUUCGGUACAAACACUCGGUGUCACUUUUGUAAAAUGGACGAUAUAAAUAUAUCAGGCACGGCGGUUUUCUCGGAUGUAGAUAAAGAAAAGAAUAAGAUCCAAGGACCGCCUGAAGAGCAAGAGGUUAAUGCAAAGUUAAUUUUUACCGAAGAGCAGGAAAAUGAUUUGCGUCACGCUUUCAAUUUGUUGGACUAUACUGGUGAAGGAAAAAUAAAAGCGGCGGAUUUUCGUGUUGUUAUCAAAGCUUUAGGAUACGAACCCACAAAAGAAGAACUUCAGGAUAUGAUCAGUGCGGUAGACAAGGGCGAUACGGGAAAACUCAGUUUUGAGAAUUUCCAAACUGCUAUAAUGAGAAAAAUUAUGUUGCAAGACAGUGAUGGAGACAUUAUGAAGAGUUUUCGACUCUUUGAUAUGGAUGACAGCGGUUUCAUAAGUUUUGAGAAUGUGAAACGCGUAACGGAAAUAUUGGGAACAUAUUUGACGGACGAAGAAAUUGAAGAAAUGAUAGACGACGCCGAUAAUGAUUUCGAUGGAUGUAUUUCAGUACAAGAAUUUAUGAAAAUGAUUAAGAAUUCUGUUCAUUUUGUUACUCCGUAGUUACUAUAAAUGAAAAUUCUUCAGUCUUAUAAAGGUGCACAAAUCUACUAUAUAGAUAAUUAUUUAUUUAUGGCAAUAUCCAAAGCAUUUUAAGUCUUUUAUAAUGCAACUUUACUGUCUAGUUAAUAAUACUAGAAUAAUUAAUUUUUAAACAUUUCUCUAUAUUAAAAUUAAUUACAUAAUA